UGACAGCCUGCAACAAAAACGCCAUCACGCCAUCAUCGAUUCAUAGUUGUCACUUCAAAGGCUUCGCACGCACCACCCAAUUCAUUUCUGAGCAGCUUGGCAUCCGUGCGCAAGGUUAGGAGGUCGUAAUGGCUUGCAGCAGCAGGCUUGCAGUGCUGCUAAUAUGCGGAACGGCGACAUCGUUCGUGCUCAGAACCAGCAUUCCUUCGCGUCAUGCCAUGGUCGUCGCUGCGAAAGGCAAGAAAGGCAAGAAAGGCAAGAAGCCGAAGCUGCAGAAGAAAUCAGGCAUGGACUGGGCGCGGGAUUUUGAGGUUAUGCCGUUCGACAGCUCCGUGCUUCGGCCGUUGGCCGACGCCGCCGCCGGCGCGUUCGAGGCGCGCACGGGCAAGCCCUUGGACGCGUCGCUGGCCGGCGCGGGCGACCUGCCGAAGGCGCUCUACAAGGCGCCCGUCUGCGUGAUGGUGGUCUCAGAUGAAAAGAUUGCGUACGCCAACGACGCCGCGUGCGAAUUUGCGGGCAAAAAGCACACGGAGCUCAUCGGCUCGGCAACUACAUUGCCGGCGACCGUCGCUGAUGGGUAUGAUUCGAGCUACGAGAAGAAGCUCGACGGUAACACGAUGCAAAAGGCCAAGCGAUGGGCCAUCAGCAAGAUGGCGGUAGUCGACGGCGAAUUGGUCACGGAGGACCAGGGCGUCGGCUACGCCUUUUCUACUUGGGUCCGCGAGGAGGACGGCGCGCUCUGCAAGCCCGGCGGCGUCGUCGAAGCACCUCCGAUAGAUCCAGCCGAAAUUCAGGCGAAGAUCGAUGCCCAAGCGGCCGUGGUCCGGGACCUCAAGGAGGAGCAGGGCCUCGGCAACAGCGACCCGGAGGUUAAGGCCGCCGUCGCCGAGCUGCUGAGGCUCAAGGCGCUGCUCGAGGAGUGAUCGGGAUCGCGCCGACGGCGUCACUGCAGGAAGACGCCAUCGACGCGGGGCUAGGGUAUGUUAAACGUAUGUAGU